AUGCCACCCAGAGUCAGAGCAGCCUUGCGUUCUGCGGGAAGUGGUAGGAGAGGCGCGACCGGAAGCCCUACGAUACCAGUUAAUGAGACCGCUGAUGAUACCGUUGAUGAUACCGUUGAUGAUACCGCUGAUGAUACCGUUGAUGAUGCCGUUGAUGAUACCGCUGAUGAUACCGCUGAUGAUACUUAUAAUAUUGCCGCUAAUACUACGAUACCCUUAAAUGCCGAAUUAACAAGUGAAGUUACUGCCGUGGAAUCUACGAGUUCGAGGCAGAACGUGCAAGGGGCGAUUGCCGAUAUAGAGGGGCGAAUUGGUCGGGGCCCAUUAAAUUCCCGUCCACAAAUCAUCCGAGUUCAAUUCGGAUGA